AUGCACUCGCCGCGGCCGAGCAGGCGCGCCAAGAGGCCGAAGAAGUCUUGCGCGAGCAUCGGCAGAAGAUCACCGCCGCCGAGGAAGAAGGCGCGGAAGAUCGUCGCCGAGGCGCGCGCGGCCGGGGCAAACGUGCGGCAGACAAUCGUCUCCCAAGCGCGGGAAGAGGCGGAGCGGAUGCUCGACCAAGCGCGGACCAGUAUUGAAAGCGAGAAGCGCGCCGCCAUCGCCGAGUUGCGCCGCGAGACGGCCAAUCUCGCGAUUCAAGCCGCUGGUGUGCUGAUCGACGCCAAUUUGGACGACGAGAAAAACCGCGGCCUCGUCGACGACUUGAUCGCCAAAAUUCCCGAAUCCAAUUGA